AUGUUGGCUGCAGGCUUGCGCAAAGUGCUUAACGUAGGAGAUCAUGACGUCGUCUUGAUGUUUUCUGAAAACUCUAUUUGGUAUCCGAUCGUCAUGUUAGGAACUAUCUGUGCCGGAGGUAUCUUUACCGGGGCCAACCCAGGAUACACCUGUUCUGAGGCAGAGCUGGUUCACCAGCUUAAAGUGUCGGGAUCGAAGUGUAUAUUUACCGAUAGGGAGCGACUUGCAAUAGCCUUACAAGCUACGCAGGCUGUCGGGCUACCCUUAAGCUCAUUGCUUCUCGUAGACUCGGAAGACGACGACAAAAUGGCAGAUAUACCAACAUUGUCAAGCCUGCUAGUACAUGGAUCACAUUCAUGGAAAACAGCAUCGAAAGCCGAUAGUCUUACUGACAGGCCAGUUGUUUUGAACUUCAGCAGCGGAACAACCGGCCUUCCAAAAGCCUGCUGCAUCACACAUGGCAACUUGGUAGCCAACUCAGAACAAACACUGCACCUUGACCGUAUGGCCAGGGCUCAACGAGGGGACCCAGCCUACGCGGUCAACGACGUCCAUUGCGCUUUUCUGCCGCUUUACCAUGCUAUGGGCAUUCUUACAUAUUGUGUCGUCAACGUUAAGAGAUACUCCACUACAGUGAUAAUGCCGAGAUUCGAUCUCAAAGAGCUUCUGAGGAGCAUUCAAUCAUUCAAAGUAACCAAUCUGCUUCUAGUACCCCCAGUGGUCUCAAUGCUGGUCAAUAGCGCUCUUGUCUCCCAAUUCGACCUGUCAAGUGUCAAAUUCCUCAUAUGCGGAGCAGCACCUCUCCAGCGCGAGCUAGAACUCCAGCUAGAGACAAUCUUUAGUAAGACCGGCGCGCGUAGUCGACAAGGCUGGGGUAUGAGUGAGGCUACCAUGGCAGUCACUCUCUUCGGACCUGACGAGUUCGAUCCAUUUCACGAAAGUGUUGGGUAUUUGGUGCCUAACAUGCAGAUCAAGAUCAUCAAAGAGGACGGUCAAUGUGCGAUUUAUGGUGAAGAAGGAGAGGCGAUCAUUCGAGGACCCAACGUCUUUAAGGGCUAUUACAAGAACGAUGCUGCGACCAAAGAGACUUUUACUGGAGACGGCUGGCUCAUUACAGGGGAUAUUGUGAGAAUCAGCAAGACUGGACUUGUCAGUGUCGUGGAUCGCAAAAAGGAACUCAUCAAGGUCAAGGGGUUCCAGGUGGCACCAUCGGAACUCGAGGGUCAUCUUCUUCAGCAUCCAGGAGUACAAGACUGCGCAGUCAUCCGGGUUUUACGCGUAAAUGGCCACGAGCAGCCCCAAGCGCACGUUAUUCGGAGGCAGCCGGACGUCACUACAGAGUCAAUUCUCGCAUUCAUGGACAAGCGACUCUCGGCGCAUAAGCGAAUCACGGGAGGCGUUAUUUUUACUGAUGUUAUUCCAAAGUCUCGUUCUGGCAAGAUCUUACGACGGAUGCUGAAGGAUGGUCAUGCGAGUAGCGACACUCGGUCCCGUCUUUGA